AGGUAGCCUCUUGCCCCUCCCGCGCAAAGUGGAGGUGGCGAGGCUCGCGGCUCUGCGGAAAAACGUCCACCUCGCGCUGCAAGUCUAGGGCCGCAGGCGCUGAGCCCCCGCAGUGAGGAGGGGCGGGCUCAGGGAGCCCCUCCCAGGGGGCGGGGCCAAGGGCUUCUCCCCAGCACCGCUGUGCAGAGUCUGAAUCUCCAGGGUCUCCAGUUUAGAAAAGCCUAUGCAAAGCCUAGCAGAAGCCAAGGUGCUUAUCAUCAGAUCUCUUAUGAUUGUUUGGUAAAAGCUGUGCGGGUCUGCACAGGUCGCCUCCCUCGGAGCUCGGCGACUGAACGUCGGAGCCGGCCCUCGGCCCCCCCUGCAGUCGGAAGGUUACAGCAGCGGGAGCCAGAGAGGCGGUGGCGGCGGCCCAGGAAGGAGCAGCAGCGCCCGGCAUUCCAUCGUAAGGAUAUACCACAAUUUGUUCAUCCAUUUAUCUGUUGAUGGACACUCUAGUUUGGGGCUUUCACGAAUAAAGCGCUCUUUGAUUGCUCUUGGAUAAAUCUCCAGGGUGGGAUUGCUGAGUCUUAUGGCUCUUGCUCUUGCAGAACUCCCAAGAUCUCAUAAAGAAAUUUGUAGUCAAAACUUUAUGCUGCAUUUUUAUUCAGUAAAGAAGCAGGAAGAGAAGAGUGUCAUUUCCUAGGAAUCCAGCACUGGAGAAACGCUUGUAUAAUGAGCCUGCCUAGCCAUGUAAUAUGAAUUGCAUCGAUUCCCUCUGGACAAGAGCCAAAUGAGUGGUUACUGAGCCACAGAGAGAGUAGGAUAUGAAGCUCCUUGAUGUUCCCGGGAGAACAAUUCUUCCAAGGAUGGUCUCCCAUUCAGAGUUGAGGAAACUUUUCUGUUCAGCUGAUGCAGUAUGCUUUGAUGUUGAUAGCACAGUCAUCAGAGAAGAAGGAAUUGAUGAGCUAGCCAAAUUCUGUGGAGUUGAGGAUGCUGUGUCAGAAAUGACACGGCGAGCCAUGGGUGGGGCAGUGCCUUUCAAGGCUGCCCUCACAGAGCGCUUAGCGCUGAUCCAGCCCUCCAGGGAACAGGUACAAAGGCUCAUAGCAGAGCACCCCCCCCACCUGACUCCUGGCAUAAGGGAACUGGUAAGUCGCCUGCAAGAGCGAAAUGUUCAGGUUUUCCUAAUAUCUGGUGGCUUUAGGAGCAUUGUGGAGCACGUUGCUUCCAAGCUCAGUAUCCCAUCAACCAACGUAUUUGCCAAUAGGCUGAAAUUCUACUUCAAUGGUGAAUAUGCAGGUUUUGAUGAGAUGCAGCCAACAGCCGAAUCUGGUGGGAAAGGAAAAGUUAUUAAACUUUUAAAGGAAAAAUUUCAUUUUAAGAAAAUUAUCAUGAUUGGAGACGGAGCCACAGACAUGGAAGCCUGUCCUCCUGCUGAUGUUUUCAUUGGAUUUGGAGGAAAUGUGAUCAGACAACAAGUAAAAGACAACGCUGAAUGGUACAUCACUGAUUUUGUAGAGCUUUUAGGAGAACUUGAAGAAUAAUAUCAAUUUUUAUACAGUUUGUAACAACUUCGGUUAAUUUUUAAAAGUUAUACAGUUUGAUACCGUUUGCCUAAAAUUGCCUAUUACAACUUAAUGUAUAGAUUUGGUACUCAUUAUCUGUACUUCAAGUAAACUAUGGAAAACUGCUUUUUUUAACUGCAGUCCUAGUGUUAUUAUGACCAUUAAUUACCUGGAUAGUUUUAUAAUCUUAAUUCUUUAUGUAUUUUCCUAUCUGUAUUUUAUUUGAAGCCUUUUAAAGGUGGAUAGUAAAUUAAACACCGUCACUGUUGGAAAUAUGGGUUAGGCAGCUUUAGGUGACUAUUGGUUUUCCCUGUGGUAGGUAAAUAAAAGUUAUCCAUGUAUCAGAACAGAUUUGUGGCAUUGUCCAUUCUGCCUGUGAUGUAUUUCAGUAUCUAAUAUUUCAAGCACCUUUACGUUUUUGGGUAGAAACAACAGCCAGGCAAGGAACCAAGGGGCUGGAGACCCCGUUGAUCACAGGGCGUAGUGCUUGUCACCACUCAGCCCCCACCAGCCCUCCCACUGGGCAGAGGGCUGGAUGCGCUUUUAUUAGCUCUUGGAAUUUGUCAAACAGGGAAUGUUACAGAGGCUUAAAAGAAAAUAGAGCCUUGGAGCGCCUGGGUGGCUCAGUUGGUUAAGCUUCCGACUUCCUCCGACUCACGUCAUGAUCUCAUGGUUUGUGAGUUCAAGCCCCACAUCGGGCUCUGUGCUGACAGCUCGGAGCCUGGAGCCUGCUUUGGAUUCUGUGUCUCAUUCUCUCUCUUCCCCUCCCGCACUUGUGCUCGCUCUCUCUCUCUCUCUCUGUCUCUCAAAAGCAAAUAAAUGUAAAAAAUAAAAUUAAAAAAAAAAAUGGAGACUUGGAGCGCCUGGGUGGCUCAGUUGGUUAAGCCUCUGACACUUGUUUUUGGCUCAGGACAUGAUCUCACAGUUGUGGGAUCGAGCUCUCCUUUGGGCUCUGUGCCUGGCGUGGAGCCUGCUGAAGAUUCUCUCUCCUCUGCCCCUCUCCUGCUCACUUGUGUGUGUGCUCUCUCUCUCUC